GAUGUUUCCAUUUUGAAUGCAGAAAGAACUUCCAGAUCAUUUUAGGCCUUGGAUGGAAAUUGCCAACGAACUCCCUCAUUUGAUUGAGAGUCACCAGCUUCAAGCUCGAGUGAACAAGAUGCCCCUGCUGGACUGCCGGUUCCUCAAGAGUUACCGGGAACAGCGCCUGGCCCACUUGGUCCUGAGCUUCAUGACCAUGGGCUACGUCUGGCAGAGAGGAGAGACACAGCCGGAAAAGGUUCUGCCAAGAAAUCUUGCCCUUCCCCUUGUUGAAGUCUCCAGAAACUUGGGGCUCCCUCCUAUCCUGGUCCACUCAGACCUGGUGCUGACAAACUGGACCCCUAGGGAUCCAGAAAGACCCUUGGAAAUUGGGAACUUGGACCUCAUUGUCUCAUUUCCUGGGGGGGAGAGCCUGCGUGGCUUUAUACUGGUGACUGUUUUGGUGGAGAAGGCAGCAGUGCCUGGGAUUAAGGCACUUGUUGAGGCCGUGAAUGCCAUCUCACAGCGCAGCCAGAACGCCCUGCUCCAGGCCAUGCAGCGACUGAGACUCUCCAUUCAGGAGAUCACCAGAACCUUAGGACAAAUGCACGAUUAUGUUGAUCCAGACAUAUUUUAUGCAGUCAUCCGGAUCUUUCUCUCUGGAUGGAAGGAUAACCCAGCAAUGCCUGUGGGGUUGAUCUAUGAAGGAGUCUCCACAGAGCCCCUGGAGUACUCUGGAGGGAGUGCAGCUCAGAGCACAGUGCUUCAUGCCUUUGAUGAGUUCUUAGGCAUUUGCCAUAGCAAGGAAAGUGCUGACUUUCUGCAUAGGAUGAGGGAGUACAUGCCUCCUUCCCAUAAGGACUUUAUAGAAGAAAUCCAGUCAAGUCCCUCACUGAGAGACCACAUCUUGUCCUCUGGAAAUAGCCAACUUCUGACAGCCUAUAAUCAGUGUGUGGAGGCCCUGGUGGACCUGCGCAGCUAUCACAUCGGUGUGGUGACCAAAUACCUCAUCACAGCGGCUACCAAAGCAAAGGGCAGGAGGCCAAACCCUCUCCCUGGGCCAUCUCAAGCCUUAGAAGAGAGGGGCACAGGCGGGACUGUAGUUCUGAGGUUCCUGAAGACCGUCAGGGAUAAGACCUUAGAGGCAAUUCUCUACCAACGUGAUUAAGAGACUGCCUUCUGCCCAACAAUGCAAAACCAGCAAACACAGGUUUUCCCUUACCCUCUCCCCCAUUGGAGGGCCUGUGGACCCAGCGAAUAAGAAUGUCUGGAAUAAUCUGAAGGGGACCUCAGCCUUAGUUAUGUUCCUGCUCCUCCUUUGUUGAGAGCUGUUAGUCUUCACAGAGAGGAAUUUUCAUGGCCAGAGACUUUCCUGAUUACUGGUUAAUAGCGAACAGGUAUGGACACUUCCUCAUUCAGAACCCCACAGAGGAGUGAGUUACUCCUAUUCUAUUUGCAAAGUGAUAGAAAAAUCAAUCUAAAUUUCCAAAACCAAAUAAAAUUGCCUGUAGACAGAUCCCUUUGUUGAUUUCUUUAAAAAGCAAGUUAAAUAUUCAUGCAUCCGUUCAUUCAGUUAAAAACUUACUAUGUUCCUACUGAACACUGGUUUAGGGAUUAGAGCAGAGAUUUUUUGUGGCCCCAGUCCAGCCUUCUUCUUCUCCCUGAGUGUGCUGAGUUUGUGACAGGAGGUUGGAAAUGCUCCAGUGGUGAAGCGGAGGAAAGAGGAGGCUCGCGUAAGUCUUAGAAGUCACCAGUAUAGCAAUGAAUAGUCAAUGAUGUGGGAACGGAGGAGGCUCUUCCACAUGGUUCAUCAAUUUGCAAAUUCUAUUUUAGUUUCCUUCUUUAUUUUUAGAAGAAUGAUUCUUUCUCCUUACACUGAAAGUUUGUAUUUGUAAAAUGAAUUAAUUGACCCAUUAGAAGUAAAUGAUCAAAAUGGGAAUAAAUAGUAA